AUGUCUGAAGAAACUAAACAACAGAACAUUUGUUCUGCGAGGGUCGGGGCGCCCCAGCCAAUCCCGGAGCCCCCGCUCCGGGAGCCAGGGGGUCUCCCCAGUCCUAGCGCUCCUCCCACGCCGCUGCUCCCCAGCCCGCCCCCCAUCCUGCAAGCCCUGCUUCCUGCAGCUCCAAGGCUACAGCCAGUCCCGGAGCCCCCACCCCUAACUUGUGUCUCGAGCCCAGCGCGGCCCGCUGCUGCCCUCUCACUGCGGCCCGGGAGGCUGCCCUCCCCGGGGCCUGCGGGCCCGGGCCCGCCAGCCGCCCGCCCCGCCGGGCCGCCCCUAAUCGUUGCCAGCCCGGGCGCCGGCCCCGCCACAUCUGGCUGCGCUUUGCUGUCAUCCUCGCCUCCCCACGCCGCCUCACCACCGACAAGAAGGAACACCACCCCGCAACAACUCGCCCCGGGCCCCCCACCGGCCACUCCCCCGAACUCGCUCCAGCGCUCGGCCUCCCAGCUCCACUUCCAACCCGGGACGGCUCUGCCCGCGGCGCUGGGGACAGGGACGCGCGCCCCGCCCGGCCUCGAGCCCCGCGCCCCGAGCAGAGCAGCCCCUCCCCAGGCGGGCCGGGAACCGGGGAGCGGCACCUCCCGGCCCAAGCUUCCAGAACAUCCGAAAACGCAUAAGCCCCUCCGACUGCCCCUCCCCGGUCCCCCGGCCCCGGGACUGCCGCCCCGAAAGCGUUCCAACACUCCCCGAGCAAAGGAGCCGCGGGGGGACGCUACGGCGAGUUCUGCAGCUCGAUCGCUGCGGAGGGGAGGGGGCGCAGCCCGGGCGGCGGGUCCCCGGCCCGCCGAACAGAAAAACGGCGCCCGGCCCCAACUCUCCCGCAGCCCCCGCCCCCUCCAGCAUCCACCCCGGGCCCGCGGCGCCAAGCAAACAGGUCUCCGGGGCCCGGCACAGAGGCACAUUGUUCGCUCCCGCGGCUCUUACCUCGCUCGCCGAGCGCGCCCCGGGGAGGACCGUCUGGCCGGGGGCCGCGCGGGGAGAGGCGCGGAGCCGGGCGGUGACCCCGGCCGCCGAGGGCCGAGGCCGGCCGCGAGUGGGUCGCCGGCCGCCGAGGGGGCGCGGGAGGCAGCGCGGCGGCUCGGCGCGUCCUCCUGCUCGGCCGCCGCCGCCUCCAGCCAAACAGCCUGCGCCAGGCGGCUCCUGGGGUUAGGUCAACAUUUUCCCGCAGUGUCCCGCACGCCGCUCCGCCACGGGGGUCUGGGCCAGGCGCGCGCACACCCCCUGGCCGCGCGCUCCCUUCGCAAAAGCAACAAUUCGGGGAUCAGAGAGGAAGGGGUGGCGGGGCAAGAGCCCGACAGAGGUGCGCAGACUUGGGAGUCCCCUCGGAGCGGCGGGCGCGGGGGGCGGGCGGGCGCGCGGCCAGCUCCGUGUGUCCGGCGAAGCCCCUCGGCCCGCCGUGCGCCGACCUGCGGCCCCUCCUCACAUUGCUGGGCUCCGGGCCGCGGCGGAGCGGCGGCCGCUGCCCCCCGGCAGCCUGGCGGCGAGGACUCGGGCUCGGGCAGCGGGGCGGUGCAGGGAAGAGGCGCGCCACGCACAGCAGCGGCGGGGACAGGCCCCCCGACAAUCCCCAGGAACGCUCCGCUGCGGCGGCCGUGCGCCCGAGCGGGGGGGAGGGGAGGGGAGCGAAAGGGAACACUUACGAGCUCGAGCAGUUCGGCUGGCGGUGGCGGUGGCCCAGCAGCCGCCCGAGGACUAGCCCGCCCCGGCUCCGCCGGCGGGGCGGCCGCAGGGCUGUCCAGGCGGCUGCGGCGGCGAGGGACGCGCGCGCACGGCCGCGGAACGCGCCCCGGAGGCGGCCUGCGGUGGCUGGCGCCCCUCCCCUCCCGCCCCGUCCGCUCGCCGUCCCCCCACCCCCACCGACCCGGGGCUCCGCAUCCAGACCCCCCCCCAACAGCCCCAACCUUCAAACCAUCUUUUCAACCCCCACCCCCCUAA